AGUUGGAUUCUUUUUUGGUUUAUGUCUGUCAUCAAUUUGAAUGAGUCAUUGAAAUUAGCAUUACUGGAACAAAAAGCCUCUUUUUAGACAUGGUGAAAACUUUAAUAGAUUUUUGCUAUCAGACUAUUGCAUUUUCUGUGGCUGAUCUGGGAUGUCUGCUUGACGAUUUACCACCAUCUUAUCGAGAAGCAUUAAUAUACCGUAUUUUCGCUCACGACUUGAUUUUCUCUCAAAACUGGGCAGUUAUUAAGAAAUAUGUAAUUAAAUCGUGUAACAUUAGAACACUAAACAUUUACAAUAGUUAUGAAUUGAACGAUUCUCACCUAAAAACAAUUGGACAGGAAACUAAUAAUUUGGUAAAAUUUGAGCUAAACUCUUGUUCAUUGAUUACAGAUGAAGGCCUACUGAGUUUACUGGAAAAUCAGAGUGGACUGGAGGAGAUCAGAUUAAAGAAACUGCAAAAAUUAACAUCAAAAGCCUUCCGAUUCCAUUCGCCGAAAUUAAAAUUAAUAAAACUACGUAAAUUAAAGAAUUUGCAAUCUGAUGAAAUUCUAUUAAACUUUUUCCGACGUCAUACAACGAUUGAAGAGAUCAAAUUAGAAGACAAUAUAGGAGUAAAGGAGGAUGUGAUUGAAACCAUAGCCAAAUCCAGUAAUGAAAAUUUGAAAAUAAUUGACGUAUCCGGUAGUUCUAUGAUGACAAAUCUUUCAUUAAAUAUUAUUGGAGAGAACUGCCCUAAUUUACAGACUCUUGGCUUGUUUGGAUGUAAUAAAGUUGAUGGAACUUCUCUAGUUUGCCUUAAGGAGGGAUGCCCUAAUUUAAAAAAUUUAGAGCUAUCCUUCAUCAGUAAACUAUCCAAUGCGAUUAGUUAUCCCGCCUUAAUGAACCUACCUGAUUUAUCUUCGAUAUCUUUAAAUGGAAUAAGCUUGGAAUCGGAAGAUAUUCUUUGCAGAACAAUUUGCCGCCUUAAGAAUUUGAAAGAGUUAAAGUUGCGAGGAGUAACAUCGUUAAACGAUGCAACCCUUUCGAAAAUCAUUGAAGAAGUUGGAGAAAAUUUAGAAGUGUUGGACAUAAGUCACGAUAUGGUUAAGAAUAUAACCGACGAUUCUUUAAAGAAGAUCUCGGAACAUUGCACUAAACUACGGAGUAUUAUGCUAAGUAAUAUGAAAGGUAUUAAUGGGAGAGGUUUAGUGCGACUUUUAAAUGAUCAAGAGAGGUGCGAGAGGAUUACUUGGCUCUUUCUUUCCGGAUUAUCGGUACUAAGCCUAUCGGGCGUUACAAUAGUAGACGACCAAGUUCUCUUUGCUUUAGCCGACAAUUGUCAUUCACUAGAAGUGAUGGAACUAAAAGCUUGCAGACUGAUUACUGACAAAGGAAUUUGCAGUAUUGCAGUUGCCAAUCCAAAUAUUCAAUUUCUAGUCCUAUCCGGCAUCCACAAUCUAACUGACAAGAGUAUAUUUGCGUUGGCAAAUCAUUGCUGUUUCCUCCAAGACUUAUUCAUAAAUGGUUGCGCCAAUAUUACUGGUCAAGCUGUCAACUACUUGUUAGACGUUGUUAUUAAUAGAGUAGCGGUCUACCACGAUACUCCAAACGCCCAGCCAGGUCAGCUUUUGGCUCUAAAUUUAGAUACUGGCGAAUAUUGCAGAGCCGACUUAUUUGAAUUUCCACGCUACUGA